GCCUUCCCUGCCGCUGCCACUGCUGAGUCAGGCUGCCUUCAACAAACUUCCUCCACUUAUGAAAAGCUGAUCCACACAACCUCACGGGAAAGUUGAGUGCUCCAGAAGGUCUUGGACAUCAGAUCAAUUUUACUGAGGACUGAAGAUCAAAGAGCGUGAAGAUGCAGGACAACAAAGUCUUCUUCACUCACAGCAAAGCUGCAGUAGCACUGUGCAUGGCGCUGCUCAUGCUGACUCAGCAGGUGUGUGCAGGUCCGUUGGCCCCUCAGGUAAAGUCCAGCUCCGAGCUGAGUGCAGAUGUAAGCGUCCGCACCCUGAGGAGGACAGCCCGGAUGACCCCGCUGUGGAGGAUCAUUAACAGUAAACCCUUCGGAGCUUACUGCCAGAACAACUACGAGUGCUCCACCGGACUCUGCAGGGCAGGACACUGCUCCAACAGCCACCGCUCCCCCAAUGAGCCGGUCAAGUACUAGAAAAACCAGCAGCGCGUUUACAUGAGUGUCCAGCCAUAAUCUGGGAUGGAGCACAAAUCCAGGCUUUCAUUUUGUAUUUUUUUAAACGGUAUUAUCUUUGUAUGUCCAAGCAAGUUGCUGAUUUUACACACAUUUACACAUCAGGUAGUUAUAUGCAAGAAAAAGGCGUGUAUUGCUGCACUUGUUGUAUUUCAAAAAGCAAAUAAACGGGGGGCUGUAAGAGGGGGGCUGAGGCAUUGGGGUAAAGUGCAAAAAAACGUAAGAAGGGAGUCUUUUAUACUUGAUGUUUUCCAUGGUGUGAUUAUGUUUAUAUAUUUCAGGGUCCAUACAACUUAAAUGACUUAUUUCAUACGGCAAAGGAUCUAAAGUCUUUCAGCCCUGAUCUCAAAGUUGAGACGUUAUGAGUGAAAAUGAAAAGAAAAGUAAGAUUUCAUUAAUAUCUGUACGGUGGCCUUAGCUCUGUAAAUGAUGUAUUGUAGCACAGAAAAGACUUUGAGCCUUUUGGCCUUCACAUUUCUUCCCUUUUUGUAAUCGCUGUCUCGUGUCAUGUUUGAUAGGUUAUCACUUGACUGUUUGCAUAGAAGGUCUUAUCAAUCCACUGAUAUGUGCCAAAUGGAAACAUGUGUUUCGCUCUAUGCAAAGAGAAAUUGUUCGUGUUAGUUUGCAACGAUAGUGUAGGAUAGGAUGCCGUAAGAGCAUUUUCCCUGAUUUCUUAUUAAUUCUGGCGUCUGUUAUGGCAACAAAAUGUGUUCCCUUAGACCCAAGACAUUCGAGAAAUUAAGAAUAACUAUCAAAAAGCUUUAGAAACCCCAACAAGCUUAAAAACCCAAGGCACCAAAUCCUAUUUUGAACUCUUGAUUUAACCACCUGACAGGCUGCAAUCUCAGUUGACUGUCAGAGGCAAAAAGUGGACGGGCCAAAUAUAGACAAAGCAAAGUAGGGAAAAGGGCAAAAUGGAGAAAAGCAUCGAGAAGGAUCCAAAGUUACUAGCAAAGUUUUAGCAUCCUUCUGAUUUUAUUUUUACGAUUGUGUCGAUCAUUAUUCAUUCUGUAAUGCAUGCAUGCAGAUUGGUAAUGCGGUGAUUCUCGUACUUUAUUUAUUUUAUCCUGUCUAAAUUGUACCCAUAUACACCACAUGUACCUUUUUUAAAUAUAUAUUUGUUUAUGAUAUGUUAAUGGUCUCUAGAAAAAUCAGAACCCUGAUUGGAUUUUUUGUUAGCCUUUCACAGGGGAUUUUUUGUUUCGUUUUCGCCAAUAACCAAUUCAACAAAUAUCUCGCCUGAGUGUACAACUAUCAGGAACUUAUGACCAGCACAACUUAUUUUUUGCACAUCCAUCCCCUCAUUGUGAAACGUUCGUGGAUUUCGCUUGGACUCGCCUGCAUAGUUUACUUCAUGCACAGAGCAGGUGGUUGCUGAUAUUUUGUACACUCAGCAUGUCUGAGAAAUGUUUGAGUAGGAUUGCACUUUUAAACCCAAAUUAUCUUUGUACUGUGUACUGUCUACUGUAUGUACUGUAUUAACUACAUGUAGAGGGCUGGGGGGCAAGUGGAAUUAAAGCAUUGGAGAAAAAAUUCA